GUUCUAGUUACUCCUGCGAAACUCCACCGCUUUCUGGAAUAAGAAAUUGCAGUAUAAAUAAAAGAAGCAGAGAUAAAGCUUUUUGCAGACUAAAGAUAGAAAUGGGAUCUGUUUCCGCAUCUGUACCGACGGCGAACUCUUCGUCGGCGUCUACGACGGUGAUGAGCUCUAUUCCGCCAUUUCUGAGCAAAACCUACGAUAUGGUUGACGAUCCAUCGACCAACGACGUUGUGUCUUGGAGCAGCGGGAACAACAGCUUCGUCGUCUGGAACGUGCCUGAGUUCGCCAAACAGUUCCUACCCAAGUAUUUCAAGCACAACAAUUUCUCCAGCUUUGUUAGGCAGCUCAAUACUUACGGUUUCAGAAAAGUUGAUCCAGAUCGCUGGGAAUUUGCAAAUGAGGGAUUUUUGAGAGGCCAAAAACACAUACUAAAGAGUAUUGUCCGGCGAAAACCUGCUCAAGUGCAGCCUCAACAACAACCUCAAGUUCAGCACUCAUCUGUUGGUGCGUGCGUUGAAGUGGGGAAGUUUGGACUCGAAGAAGAAGUGGAAAGACUUCAGCGGGAUAAGAACGUCCUUAUGCAAGAACUUGUGAGGUUAAGGCAGCAACAACAAGUUACCGAACAUCACCUGCAAAAUGUGGGGCAGAAAGUUCAUGUGAUGGAGCAGAGGCAGCAACAAAUGAUGUCAUUUCUGGCGAAGGCAGUCCAAAGUCCAGGUUUCUUGAACCAGUUUGCGCAGCAGAAUAAUGACGGAAACCAGCAACACAUUUCUGAGAGCAAUAAAAAGAGGAGGCUACCUGUUGAGGAUCAGAGCCAGAGGAAUUCUGGCAGCCACGGGGCUGAUGGUCUUAGCCGCCAGAUUGUUAGAUAUCAGUCAUCGAUGAACGAAGCCGCAAACACUAUGCUCCAACAGAUACAGAAUAUGAACUCACAUAGCCGUCAUGAAUCCGUUUCCAACAAUCAUGGUAGCUUUCUUUUGGGCGAUGUUCCAAAUUCUAACCUUUCAGACAAUGGGAGCUCCUCAAAUGGAGCAUCUGGAGUUACAUUAGCAGAUGUUUCAUCCAAUCCUACACGCUCAUAUCCUGGAACGAAGUAUCACGGCCCUUGUGAAACAAAUCAAGUCCUGGAGGCCAAUUUUCCUUAUUCGCAAGCUGAUCUGCUAGCUCCAAAGCAAGGAGCAACAGCUUAUGGGAGCCCGAAUUCAGAUGUGGUUGGUUGCGAGACAGAUAAUGGAGAGUGUCUAGAUCCAAUAAGGGCUGUUUUGGAUGGCUCAAUGGAACUAGAAGCCGAUGGCAUAAAUGAGUUGCUUCCUGGAGUCCAAGAUUCUUUGUGGGAACAUUUCUUUGGUGAGAGCCCAGUGAUUGGUGACACAGAUGAGCUAGUCUCAGGAUCAGUGGAAAAUGGAGUGAUAAUGGAGCAGCUAGAAUUACAAUCCAGCCUGAGGAAUGUGUUGAGCAACAAUCAACAAAUGAACCAUCUUACUGAACAGAUGGGGCUUCUCACAUCAGAUGCGCUCAGAAAAUGAAAUCGCCAGUCUUUCUACUCAAGAGAUGGAGAAGAUGGGUUAAGAUCUUGUGGAGUCGCAGCAACAAAAGAAUAAUAACCAAAGGAGGUAUGUCGUAUGCAUGUAUUAAACUGGUAUGUAUAUAUGAUUGUAUCGAACUGGUGCAACUUUCAUUCUUGUCAAUGUGUAAUAAAAUAAGAGAAUAUCGCCCUGUGAUGUUUUUUUUCGCAUUAUACUUGGAAAGAAAUCAAGGAUCUUGCUCUCGAUACUCCUA